GUAUUUUCACAUCCAGCACAGUGGGACAUCUCCACCAGAGCUGGUCUACAUCAGUUCUGUGUCCUACUUUAGAGGUUUGCUUACAUUUGACAGGAACUACUAGGACAAAUUGUCUUUAUAGCAACAAUGUUGGAGACAUUUCCUAUGAAUUGUUAGCGUGCUAGUGUUUGCGGCGAUUUAAACGUAUUUUGUGUAUAUUAUGGAGAGUGGCAUCAGUGCGGAUUAUAUCAGCUGCUGCUGAUCUAGACAUCCACACUCACAAACAGCGCAACCUCCAUGUACUCUGAUCCUAUACAGACCUCAGAAAUACAAAACAUGGGCGAACAUAUCAUCUCCCUUUGGGCUCUGCUGGCUCUUAUCUACUUCAAGCCUGCCGUUUCAUUUAAUCUGGACAUUAGCAAACCCUCCGUUUUCUCUGGACCUCCGGGAAGUUAUUUUGGAUUUUCUGUGGCUUUCUUCAACCCUGACAACAAACAAUUAAACAUACUGGUGGGUGCUCCCAGAGCCAACACUACAGAUCAAACUCCCUCAGAAGUCACAGAGAGGGGGGCUGUCUUCAGCUGUCCUUGGCAAAAAAGUGGCACAUGCACACAGAUUGAGUUUGACAGCUCUGAAAACAGGAAAAGUUCCACUGGACAACAAAUGGAGUUUAAGUCAAAACAAUGGUUUGGGGCUACAGUGCGUUCCUCUGGGGACAAUAUACUGGCAUGUGCUCCUCUCUACCAGUGGAGUACAAAUGCAUUCUCAGAGAGAGAGCCUGUCGGAACUUGUUACCUGAAGAAGGGCAAUAGCAUUGUGGAAUAUUCCCCCUGCCGCUCUAAAUCAAACUCACCUGAGGGACAAGGCUUUUGUCAAGCAGGUUUCAGUGCUGACUUUGUGCAGAAGGAUCGGGUUGUUAUUGGAGGACCAGGGAGCUUUUAUUGGCAAGGCCAGCUGAUCUCAGAUGACAUCACUGAGGUCAUCAACAGAUACAACAGAGAGAUUUUUACUCCUUACAGUAACCAGUUAUCAACCAAAUCAGCUGGGGCGGAGUAUGAUGACAGUUAUUUGGGUUAUUCUGUGGCUGUUGGUGAUUUUAAUGAUGAUGGUGAAGAUGAUUACGUCACAGGAGUUCCUAGAGGGGAAAAGUCUCUCGGUUAUGUCAACAUUUUCAAUGGGAAGAACAUGGAGUCUAUGUAUAAUUUCACAGGCACACAGAUGGCUGCUUACUUUGGUCAUUCUGUAGCAGCUGUUGACAUCAAUAAUGAUAGGAAGAUGGAUCUAUUGAUGGGGGCUCCUCUGUUCAUGGACCGUGGCUCAGAUGGGAAACUGAGGGAGGUUGGUCAAGUGUAUGUCUACCUUGGCAAAGGUGGCUUCACCUUCAACACUGUCAUCAAACUCACUGGCUCUGAGAUCUAUGCUCGAUAUGGAAGCUCCAUCUGCAGUGUAGGAGACCUUAACAUGGAUGGGUAUAAUGAUGUGGCCAUUGCUGCACCAUAUGGAGGACAGUUCCACCGCGGUCUGGUGUACAUCCAUAAUGGGCGUCCCACAGGGCCAAAUCCUAUGGCCUCUCAAGUUCUGGAGGGGAAGUGGGCAUCUGAUUCCAUGCCUGCUAGUUUUGGGUACACCAUGCAUGGAGGCACUGAUGUGGAUCAGAAUGGAUAUCCUGACCUGAUUGUUGGAGUGUUUGGAGCUGACAAAGCUGUUCUGUACAGGGCUCGUCCGGUCAUCGGUGUGAACACCACACUGGAUAUUAGCCCACAGAUCUUGAACCCUGAGGACAAGAACUGCACCCUACCUGGAACAACCACCACAGUGUCCUGCUUCAUUGUGAAAUACUGUGUGAAGGCAAGUGGCAAGGGAGCCCCAUCCUCUCUUCAAUUCCAGGUGGAUCUGACACUGGACCGCCUCAAACACAAGGGAGCCAUCAAACGUGUGCUGUUCCUACACAACAAGUUGUCUCAUUAUUCAAAGAACAUGUCUGUCUCUAACAGCCAGGAACAAACCUGCGAGGAGCUUAAGGCCUAUUUAAUAGAUGACUCAGAAUUCAGGGAUAAGAUCACACCCAUCGCUGUCUUUAUGGAGUACAGCUUGGAUUACAAAACAGCAGCAGAUAAGACUGGCCUGUUGCCCAUCCUUGACCAAUCCACCCCUACAAAUAUCACUAAGCAGGCCCACUUACUCCUGGAUUGUGGUGAUGACAAUAUUUGUAAGCCAGACUUAAAACUGUCUGUUGUGAGUGACCAGAAACAGAUCUACAUAGGUGAUGAUAACCCCCUGACCCUAGAGGUCACAGCAGAGAACAGAGGAGAGGGUGCAUAUGAGGCUGACCUGAUUGUCACUUUACCAUCUCAGGCAGAUUUUAUUGGGGUGGUGCGGAACAGUGAGACACUGUCUAGACUGUCCUGUGCCUUCAAGAAAGAGAAUCAGACUAGACUGGUGGUGUGUGAUCUUGGGAACCCAAUGAAAGGAGGCACUAAGAUAAUUGCAGGAUUGCGCUUCAGCGUGCAUCAACUCUCUGAACAGGACACAGAAGUCAAGUUUGACUUGCAGAUACAAAGCUCAAAUCAGUUCAAUAAAUCCAGCAAUCUGGUCUCCAUCACCACAAAGCUUGCUGUUCUGGUCAGAGUGGAACUACGAGGGGUGUCUGCUCCAGAGCAGGUGUUUUUACCCAUCGCUAACUGGCAGCCAAAAGAGAGCACUGUUCUGGAGGAUGAUAUUGGACCUCCUGUUGAGCACAUCUAUGAGCUACGGAAUAGAGGACCCAGCACAUUCAGUAAGGCCAUUUUGGAUGUGCAGUGGCCCUACAGAUUCAGCAACGGCUCUCUGCUCUACAUCACCAAGUUUGAAGUGGAAGGAAACAUGAAUUGCAGCUCAAACAGGGAGAUCAACCCUUAUAAUGUCACUAAUUCCAGAUUACCUGACAAGAAUGAGACAUCUGCCAGUGGAGACAGGGCAGAGGGAAGGAUCAGACACAGUGUCCACCGCAGAGACGUGGAGGACAAACAAGGGGAGGAGAACUUGGAGAUUCUGGAUUGCGGAACUACAGAGUGUCAGGAGAUUACGUGUUGGGUUGGACGUCUGGAGAAAGGCCAGAGUGCCAUUCUGUUUAUUUACUCCAGACUUGCUGUGAGCACAUUUCUCAAGGCUGAGAAUCAAAACAAAUCGUACAUUGUUCGAUCCUCUGCCUCCUUAAGUGUCAUAGAAAUGCCUUAUAAAUUAUUGAAAUCCGAGUUCCCAACCAGCAAAACAUCAGCUUCUCUGAAGGUGAUCUGGGUGAAUUCAGAGCUCACUCAACCUGUUCCUGGUUGGGUGGUGGCUUUGGCAGUACUGGCUGGACUACUGCUCCUGGCUCUGCUCAUAUUCAUUAUGUAUAAGCUGGGCUUCUUUAAACGUGUGCGGCCGCCCCAGGAUGAUAACACAGAAAAAGAGCAGCUACAGCCUCAGGAGAAUAGAGACAGAAACCCAGAAGCCUAAGAUCUUCAUCUUCACCAGUAUAUCACAGUGCCAACACAAUAAUGCUUCAUAUGCAGAAGAAUGCCAGACUCACAGGCUAAGAGCUCUCAUGCACUGAUGCUGAUGAGAAUACAAUACAUCCAUUAGAACAAUUUCACCAUUGCCGCUCACUACCUUAAAUCUGUGGACAUGUCACUGGAAUAUGGUACACAUAGCUGUGGUCGUUUUGAACAUUGUGAUGUUGUGUUAAUAAGACUAAAGCCCUGUUCCAAUCCCUUUUCUUCUAUUCCUCUUCUGCACUGAGAUUUGAUUUCAACAGUGGGACAUAGAGAUUAAUACAUUUCAAAUAUUUGUUUACAAAUAACAAGAAUAUAAUAAUAAUAAUAAUAGUAAUGGUAAUGAACUUUUCAUACGAUCACAUUUCAUUUUGAGGAAAGAUAUGUAAUAGUUUAGUACAUAUUUUUUGUUUGUUUGUUUAUUGCUGGUUCUCGUUCUUCUGUGGGAAAAACUUUUGUUGUUAUAUUAUUUAAUGCAACAUUUUCUGCUAUUGGUGGCAUCUGCAGGACUCUGGGGUUUCGGAUCUUUCCUGUUUUCUUUGCAGUUGUUUUACUUUGUUCCUGCAGUUGGGAUUAUGACUCUGAUUUAUUAUUUGGGCUGAAGCGGUGUUAUUUUGAGAAACUAUUUAUAUGUUUGUCAACUGUAAACAUUAUUUCAAAGCAGGGGCUUUGUUUAGUUGCAAUAAAACGGUAGCAUUUUUAUAUUUGGAAAAAUACUGAAACCAGCCCUUAUCGACAGGGAACCUUUACUAUGUUAAUUCAACUUUAUUUUUAAGAUUCCUUUUAGUCACAAUCCUAAUCUAAGCCCAUAGUUAAAGUCCUACCUUGUUCUUAAAUAUCUAUUUUACCCAAAUGCUUGUCAGUUAGUAAUACAAAUUCUAAUGCUGCCAUGCUAUGGUGAAUUUAAUGUGAUUUUGAAGAAUUCUGCUGUAACAUUAAUUGAUCAGGAAUGAACAAAAUAGUUUGAUAAUGUGGGGAAAAAAUUGUGCCAAUGCAUAAUUUUUUAUUUUGCAAAUCUGGAAUAAUGAAGCUGGAAUCCUUGGGAACAAUAUUGCCAUUUUACUUUUUUGCUGCUUCUUAUUUACAAAAUAGAUUUUUUGACUUCUGUUUAUUUGAUUAUUUGGUUUAAAGGUUGCUGUUCAUAGUUAUUGGUCUUAAUUUUGACAGCAAAUAUAUUACAAUAUGCAACCCACCAUACUGAAAACAUAACCUGGAUUCCUUAUUUUGAUGUAUUAUAUAUAGUAAUGCUGCUCCCCAUUUGAAUUUACCCAUAUUGGGUUGCCACAUGUAUGUUGUCUGAAUGAAAAUUUGUAUACAUUUAUAAUUCAAUCAAAAUCAUGCUUGAUCAUCAUACAUGAUCCAGAAUACAUUUUCUUUAUAUUUUAAUUUUUUCUGAAAAACAAUAUUGUUGGUAAAAAUGGAACAUAUUCAUAGUUCCAAAAAUAUGUAUUUUAGAGAAUCUACCAAUUGUUAAAAAAGAUUUCACUCCCUCUUUAUUUUUGCCUAGUUCCAUUUUCCUUGAUUUAACAAUGAGUUGUUAAUGCUUCCAUAAUUCAAAUAAACAGAAAUAAUGAUGUUGUACUGUACAAUGGA